AUAGAAAUAGAUUAUAUAGAAUCAAAUAAUACUAAUAUCGAAAUGUUUUUAGAUAGUACAAAUAAUCUAAGUUCUGAAAAUACAAAUACUAAUGAAUUUUCAAAAAAUAAAUUUUCAGAAAAUAGAAAAAUAGUUGAAUCAUCAGAUGAAGAAUUAGAUAGUAAAGAUAUAAAUGAUGAAGAAGAUUUUAACAACUAUUUACAAAAAUAG